AUGAACUUCGUCGAGAUUGGUGAAAGUUUAUUGCUUUCUGAGAAUCAAACGGAGCAGUUCGCCGUGAUGUGGAUUUUGUUCAUCUCCAUCGUAGUUGGCAACGUGGCCGUGAUCGUGGCGCUGAUGCUCUCCAAGACCAGGAAGUCGCGGACCAAUUUCUUCAUCAUGCAUCUUGCGCUGGCGGAUUUAUCGGUGGGCCUUAUUAGUGUACUGACAGACAUAGUGUGGAAGAGCACAGUAUCUUGGCACGCAGGCAACGUCGGCUGUAAAGCAGUAAGAUUUGCACAGGUGUUAGUGACAUACUCCUCCACAUACGUGUUAGUGGCUCUUAGUAUCGACCGAUAUGACGCUAUUACCCACCCAAUGAAUUUCUCAGGAAGCUGGCGUCGCGCUCGAAGGCUGGUGGUUGUCGCGUGGCUCCUCUCAGCUGUCUUCGCUUCCCCCAGUCUGGUGUUCUUCAUGGAGGCUUAUGUGGACGGUGUUAACCAGUGCUGGAUCGAUUUCCCAGAAGCUUGGCAGUGGAAGCUCUACAUGACGUUGGUCGCUAUCACCGUCUUCUUCUUCCCCACCAUCAUCAUCGCCGCUUGCUAUGCCAUCAUCGUCUACACCAUCUGGAGCAAGAGCAAAAUCAUGACAGUUACCAGUAAAGCAUUGGGUAGUAAAAACGGCGAGAAGCGAGGAGCCGCCGUACACGAGGACGACUCUCGCCGCGCCAGCUCCCGAGGUCUCAUCCCGAAGGCCAAGAUUAAGACGGUUAAGAUGACGCUCGUUAUUGUCUUCGUCUUCAUCUUGUGCUGGUCGCCGUACAUCGUCUUCGACUUGCUGCAAGUGUACGGCUACGUGCAGACCCGGACUCAGACGAGCGUGGCGGUCGCAACAUUCAUCCAAUCUCUAGCGCCACUCAACUCGGCAGCCAACCCUAUCAUCUACUGCCUAUUCUCGACGCACAUUUGUCGUAAUCUCAGAAGAAUCCCUGCGAUAAAUUGGGUGGUGACGAGAGUGUUCCCGUGCCUGGCGUGUGCCCAGCAGCCCCUGGAGCCGGACGGGCCCUUCCGCCGCUACGGUACCGAGUACACGACCAUGUCUGACGCCUCCAGCCGCCGCCACACCCUCACCUCCGUUAGGUAUAAUGCCAGGUACAACCCGAUGCGUCAGGGCGUCGAGCUCAACAAGGGCGUGACGCAGACGACGACGGUGCCGAAGGAGUACCUCAACACGGAGCUCCUCACUUACAACACCAAGAGGAAGCAUGACUCGUACAUCAAGGGAUCCGUCGUUUAGGGAAAUGGCAUCAUGGCGUCGGAAAUUUUAAAAGAUGAAAUUGAUACAUUGAUAUAAAAAAAAAUAAACAUGUGAAUAAAUUAUUUAAUAUGUCUUGAGUCUUGCGUAUGAAUGAAGAAAAAUCCGUAUUCAAAAUGUGAACUUAUACAUUAUAUAUACUGUAUAUAUAUGUGCGCACGUCAACAUAUUAUUUAUAUAUAUAUAUAUAUAUAUAUAUAUAUAUAUAUAUAUAUAUAUAUUGUUCAUAUAUGAAUUUGUAUGUAUUAUUGUUGUUGGACGAUGGAAAAGAACUAUUUAAAGGCUUUACAGAGCUCUGAACACUACGAGUCAAGGGGGGCGUAGAUGUGCAGAUUUAACUUUUUUCGUAAACGUAUCAAGACUUAACUUUUGGGUGUUCACAACCAGAAUGUGAUCAUCUAGAGAAACUUUGAAAAAAAAAACCCGUAAGAGUGUAUCGAAUGUUUUAUAAUCCUUGCGAGAAAAGUGGUUUCUUAUGUUUAGAUAUAUUAUGCUCAGCACUGGCUACGAACUACGAGUUACCAAUAAAGUAACUUGCGAAAAGAAGAGCACUUGAAGCAUAGUACUCACAUUAACACAGUGACUGAUAUACUACCAGAAAAAAAGUGUGAUAAGAACUGCUUUCGUCCUUGGCUGAAAGGGAUGCUGUGGCGCACUUGAACGGCAGCUGACUAGUAAAUCAGCCGAGUGAAAUGUUGAGUGUUCGGUCCAAAAAGUGUCUGCAGUGUUGCCCAAUAAGCAACUUUAAAGUGAUUGUGAUGUUGUUGUGAUUUUUAUUACAUGUGCAUUCAUCUACAAAAACUAAAACUCUUAAUAGAUUAGCGGAAAGGCUCAUCAAAAUAAAGAAUAGACUGUAAUAUCACUAGCCCAUAAUUCAGACAGGGACGCCGACUAAUGUUACCUAACUUACACGAAAUGUUUCUAUUUUGUCUCUACUUCGUAUCCUUCGCAGGACUUCGGUGUAAAUCAGUUUGCCUGCCAGCCAUCAGUCAAUUCAAGUAGAUGAAAUCGGGGCCAAAAGCGUUACUGUAGAAAUAAAAGAUGGUCAUUUUCGAAAUUCCGAGGCCGCUUCAACACCAUCUGCGAAGCGAUUCGAUUCCUCUCCUUCAUACAUUAUCUUGAGCAACCUUCACCUCAUACCAAGGAAAAUAAAAGAAUAAAUAUAUAUAUAUGUCCUAAUAUGUAAAUGAAUGUGAUAUAUAGAUAUAUAUCCCAAUAUAUUUGUGUAAUACCUUAGUAUCUGGGUGGAACUAAAACUGCAAAAAGUGGUUAACUGUUUGUCUUCAGUGUUAUUUGUCAUGCACUUUUUCAAGACUGUUUGGAUAUAUUUGGAGCUUAUGCAAUAGGCCAGAUAUCACGGGUUUGAAAAAGAGCCUUUUUCUUCAUAACGUAUAAGACCAGUUUGGUAGUACUCAAAAUGCUUGAUCCGAAUAAGUCUGCUGAUGAACUGAUGAAAAAGGAAUGUGUUUGGAUGUCGGAACAAAAAAUAUGAAAUAGGCUUCGCAAUAAAGAAUUAAUGGGCUGCUCUUAUAUUUACGUACUCAGCACGCUCUUUUUUCUCAUGAAAGAUCAAGUAUGUGAAAAUUGCAUGGAUAAUCAUUUGCAACUGUUUUUCAUACGUCUGCCUCUUAAAAUUGAUAGGGGAAAAUCCCCCAAAUUAAAACGUGGAUGCAGAUAUGUGCACUAUCAUCAAAACUUCUUCUUGCUCACAACCUUUAUAAGUGCAUUUCUUGUAACCAGAAUUUGUGAAGCGGUUGGGACAGAAUAAACACAUAUUAUGCGUGGAAAUAGAACAGGUAUCAAUACAGUUACUAUACUAAAUGCCCCAAAGUAAAGAAAUAUAUAUGUGUACAUGAAAUGGUAUCAUCCACUGCAAGCACGUACUUAUAACUGUGAGACCCACAAACAUAGUGGUCUGGCAGGUGUCUGGUGCUAUUACUGUCCAUCCAACAGACUGUCACAUUAUGAUCUCAAGCGUGUGCAUGCGUGUGCGUUGAGAUGAUUUAACUAGGUAGUUAUAGACAUAUACAAGUAGACACGAGUACUCCCAGUAUGCGCAUAUUCAUUUUCGCACACACAGGCACACGCAUCUUCACACAUUCAUAUACACACAUACACGAUUCAUCCGCAUACUAAUAAGAUUCGGUCACUUAUACAGACACUGAAUAAUACAUGCAUAAGUGGAUAUAUGUAAGAUAAAUGGAGGACAAUAGAAAGAUAUAAACAAGGCCGUUCAACAUCUAAGGUUGCAUGCAUAACACAGUAGAUACAAGAGAGGUUUCGAUUGUUUUUUAUCUCCUUCACAAGGAUACGAUCCCUUUUAGCAUAUUCUGCGAUGUAACUAUAAAAUUUAAAAGAAGAACCAUUCAUCUGGGAUCGAAUCCUUGUAAAGCUUCAAAGAUAGUGUCAGAUUUCAUUAAUCCCGGUUUUGUGGAUUAAAAGUUUGAAGGCUUAAGCCGAUCGCAUUUUUAUAAAGUAAUAUAGAUCGUCGAUACAACAAGGAAGUGAAUAUACUUCGUCAGCACAUGGUGAUAUAGGAAUGCGUAGGGGAAACAUGAAUUGUUAGGUAAAUGAAAAGGAUGACGAUAACGAUAAUAAAGAUAAUGAUAGAGAGAAGUUUCUAAAGUGCUAGACUUUAAAACCUGUCCGGUGACAAGAACCCUCGUAGAAUCUCAUUUUAAGAUAUUGACAUUAUCCUAAACCAUUUACUUCCUAGAAUUCAUCGUCACCCAUUCUUAACUCAAGGAGCCAAAUACUCUGUAAUGUACACUCAUCACGUGAUAUCACCCAUAAGUGUUUACAGUUUCUGUUGUGAUUUAUCAAGGUUGGUAUGUACGUUGUAUUUCAAUGUUUAUGUAUUUAUUAUGUAUUAAAGUUUGUCAUCCAGCAUAAUGAAGGGGGAAUGCUGGAAUGCAUAUGUAUAUCAGCUGUAUUUAUAUGUUUGUAUGUAUAUAAAGACGGUUGUAUUUUCUCA